GAAGAAAACAAUAUAUACUGCGCCAGCAACUGUCAUGGCGGGAGCUACACAUAAGUCCACUAACAGCCUAUACAUUUGAACAGGCAAAAGAAAAAGAGACCUAGAACCUAAAACGGUUGGGGCGUGUGACGUCAGAGGCUGAAAUGGUUCGCCGCUCGCUUUAAAAGCCACAAGCGUACUGCAUUCAUACAUGUACUGCAUUUUAAAUGCAAACCAACAGGAUCGAUCUGAGCUGUUAUAUUUUACCGUGAGUCAUAAUGGAAGUACUACGUAAUAUGUGUUGCGGUUGGUAAAAUUGACAACAAACAACUGCUGUACAGUACAUAUAAGGAGGAGCAUCUACUGUAACAAAAACCCCUGCGAUGCAUAUUAACCACCGCUGGGUGGUACUGCCGGAUAGUAGCGUGAACAAAAGAGUGCGUAGCUGUUUUCGCUCAAACUUGGAAUCUUUGCUCGCAAACUUCUGCAGACUGUACAAACCACAGGCUGGUGUUAGUAGUUGAGUCGUAGUCUCAGAUUGUUAUUUGUUGGCAGAAAUGCAGUAGAUUUUCUCCGUUGUUGUGAUUUUAGUCCGCUGUCAUGGCAACAAAGGGAAAUUCAGGUGUCAUGAAGGAAUCACAAGGUGAGGAAAAAUAGACCCGCUCACAGAGCCACGGGGCAGAACCCUUUCUGCUGCCCCUCCAGCCUCCAGCCUCCUGCGGUUUAAAGCUCCACUCCUCUCAGCCGCUCCUCCUGUCGGUGUGUAAAGGUGGAGUUAAGCGAGCGCAGUCCAAGGAAACCACAGGUGGAGUUCAGGUGUGUCGGACAAAAGAAGCAGACGGAAGCUACAGGAGUAGGAGUAGUAGUAGGAGGAGGAGGAUGAUGAUACCAAACGGAAUGCAUGACUGUUGAAACACCUUGCAUUCAUUUCUUGAUGAGCUGCAUGAAACAAUAGGAGACAUAUUUGCUGAAGGAGCAGUUCCUGUGUGGUCUGUCACUUGUGAGCCCGACAGAAGUUUAGACCGCCGUCUGUAUUCACUGGCUGCGGAUCCAGGAGUUUGGACAUUCACGUUUAUUUUUCAACAGACAUCGAACUGAUCCAACUGGGACUGUGAUGGAGUGGAGAGAACAGUCUGCGGUCGGCUGCCAAGAAGCCUUCAUGGAGGCGCAGCGGUGGAUAGAGGCAGUAACCAAGAAAAAUUUUGGGAGCCAGGACUUCCGAUCAGCGUUGGAAAACGGCGUUCUCCUGUGCGAUCUAGUCAACAGAAUCAGGCCUGGACUCAUCAAGAGGGUGAACCGACUUCCUACACCUAUCGCUGGACUGGACAACCUCAACGUCUUCCUCAGGGCCUGCGGGAGACUUGGACUAAAGGAAGCUCAGCUCUUUCACCCCGGUGAUCUUCAGGACUUGUCCACGAGAGUCACAGUCAAGGAUCAGGAGACUGACAGGAGGCUGAAAAAUGUGCUGAUCACUAUUUACUGGCUUGGCAGAAGAGCUCAGUGUGACAGUUUCUAUGAUGGGCCUUACCUGAACUUCAAGGCCUUUGAGGGAUUAUUAGGGACAGCACUGUACAAGGCUCUGCACGAGUCGGCCACUCAGAAAGGCAGCAGUGUCCGAGACAGUGGUUUUGGUGAUAGUUGGUACUCAGAGCGAGAGGAGAUCUGCCAGCUCAGAGAAGUAGGAGGAGAAGGAGGACGGAGCAGCUGCAGCAGCGGUGGCAGCGGCAGUGGACACAGGAGAGACGACUCCCUGGACAGUUUGGACUCUUUAGGUUCCAGACCUCACAGUAUCUCCUCUGAUACCACUCUUAAAGGCAGCAGUGAGGGCUGUUGCAGUGACCCGGAAGCAGACUCUGAACACAGGAUGGCUGACAGCAAGGACAACAUCAGUUACCGCCGCUCGGCCGUCAUCGCACCCAAGACCACCACCCAGUUCAACCAGUUCCUGCCCACCAAAGACAAAUCGUCAGGGUACAUCCCUCCUCCUCUGAGGAAGAAACGGGCCGAACGAAAUGAGGAUAAUCGGCGCAGUUGGGCAAAUCCCAUCUACACUGAGGAGGACGGGACCCUCACCAGAAACAACCAAACUGAGGAGAGUACGGACGAUGGGAGUAAAUCCACCAGUGACCUCCCUGUUAAUCCAUCCAUCUUACGGCAGCUCAGCUACGAAGAGAUGGAGAAGUUCCGUGAGCAGCAGAAGGCAAAUGAUGAUGUCUGGGAGGAUGCCUUGAGCAAAUGGAAGACCAGGCGCAAGAGCGUCAACUCUGACAUUGUGAAGAAGAAAGAGGAGCGUGAGAAGAUAGAGCAGAUCACUUUUGGCAACAGCAGAAGGUCUAAGACCUUCAAGGAGAUGCAAGAGGAGAGAGAAAGUAAAGCCACAGGCAGUCGUCUUGCAUCGCUCUCUUACACAGACAACGACGACGUAUUUGAGAGACCUGUCAUCUCCCCUCGCACCCGAACCCUUCCUGCAAGGAGCUACACUAUUGACACUUCCUACUUUUCUUCUGAGCCUUCGCUGAAAGAAGAGGAACCUCCUACGGCUGCUCCAGCUCGUGGCCGCGCUGCUUCUCCUCAGCCUACACAGACAGUGAACGCUGUAGACAGUCGUACAGAGACCAACAUCACCACAACAACCAACACUUCCAUCACUCCAGGCCUCAUCACCUCCACCCGCAGGUCUCAGCUUGCUGCAGCUGCACCCCCUGAAAGGAGGCUACUCUCUGAAGAUAAGAAAACAACCAGGACCGAGGAGGUGACCAAGAUAGUCACCGACUCCUUUAGCUCCGUGCAGAGGGUUUCAGAGCCCAGGCGCUCAAUGUGGGCCAAGCAGACCGAGCUGGAGGCCCCCUCUUCUGGUGCUUUUUCUAAACAACAGCAACAAAUAAAGCCUUCUCCCCCUCUCAGCUCCAUGGAAGCCAAACCUCCUGCAGUGUCUCAGGUUUCUGCCUCCCUCCCCAGGAGCUACCAGAGAUCAGAUAGCGCACGUAUAACCUCAGUCAUCGCACCAAAGCCUUUUGGGACCCAGUCCAGUCGGCUCAGCUCACUUUCCCGAGCCUCUACCAUGGAUGAUUCCUACAAGCGAGUCAACGGUGACGUGAACACUUCCAAAAAGACAUCGGUUCCGAGUCGCUACCAUGCAUUCAUGACCUCUGAGGACGAGGCCCAGUCCAGCUCAGCCCACAGCAGUGAGGAUGAAGAGGAGGAGGAGGAAGAGCAGCAGCAGUGGAAUGGGAGCGGAGUGAAGAGUGUCACCUCCACGCAGACUGUGGUCUCCACUCAGAGCGUCAAGAGUGCAGCUCCAGUCACUGCUGCUCCAGACACACAAAACAAACAGGAGAACUGCUGUGAGAUGCGGAUCAGCCUGAACCAGAAGCCAAACAGCAGCAAAGACUUUGGCUUCGUGGCAGCCUGGGACUCGACUGGAGCUCAAGUCACAUCUGUACAGCCAGGCAGUCAGGCUGCCAUGUGCCAGCUCCAGGUUGGUGAUGAGGUUUUGUCAGUGAACAAACAGCAGGUGGCAGACAUGAGCUACACAGACUGGAAGAACUGCAUGGAGGCAGCUCUGCAGGAGGGCAGUCUGGUCAUGGACAUCCUCCACCAUGGCCCAAACAACUGGGACAAAGCUCUACCUUCCCCACCAUUUAAAAGCCAUAAGACCAUCAAUCUGACCAGUAUGGAUCAUCCAAUACUUCUAGGUUCCCCUGAAAUCCUCACCACAAAGCCCAGUCUGGAUUUUACCUCACGGAUUUCCACAGAAACUCUGCAGCCCAAAGAGCUCUCUGCUAAGCCAGCAGUGGACUUGGCAUCAAAUGGAGUCAAUGCAAAUUUCUAUGAGCAGUCGGUCACCAUGAGGAACAAAGAGUCAGAACCCAUAUCUUUGAAAAACUUAAAACGGAGGUCAGAGUUUUUUGAACAAGGAGGACCAGAGACAACAGUGCCAGAUAUCCCUGUUCCUUCACUCACUCACUCCUCCAGCCGCUGGUCCUGGGACCCAGAGGAGGAACGCAAGAGACAAGAAAAAUGGCAGAAAGAACAGGAACGCGUUCUACAGGAGAAAUAUAAGCGUGAUCAGGAGAAACUGCAGGAGGAGUGGCAGAAGGCCCAGGAGGAGAUUUCAAAAAGUGAAGACCACCAAGAGUUCACAAGGAAAAACAGCCAAAUGUCUCGACUCCAACCAUCAGUUUCUACUCUGUGGGAAGAGGAGGAGAGAAGGAGAAAGCAGGAAGAGCAAGAGGUCCUCAGGAGGAUGGAGGAGAGAAGGAUACGUGAGGAGGAGGAGAGAGAGCGCCUGCGGCAAGAAGAGGAGGAGAGGAGACUAAGGAGGGAAAUGGAGGAAAAGAGAGAGCACCAGAGGCAGGAGGAAGAGAGGAGAAGAAGGGAAGAGGAGGAACAAGAGCUGCAGCGGCUCCAAGAGGAGAAAAAGAGGAAGGAGGAGGAGGAGAGGAAGAGAAAGGAAGAGGAAGAGAGAAAGAGGAUGGAGGAGGAGGUGAGGAAAAGAAAGGAAAAGGAGGAGAGAAUGAGAAGGGAGGCACAGGCGGAAGAGCUGAGGUGGCAGAGGCGCAGGGAGGAGGAGAAGAAGCGGCAGGAGGCGCUGGAGCAGCUGCGCAGGGAGAGGGAGAAGGCCUUCCAGCAGCAGGAGCAGUGGUCUGCUGGCUACCGCGUCCAGCCCACACUGUCCUACACAGACAGGGCCAAAUCCAAAUCCUCACCACAGCUGGACGAAGAAGACAGACCUCAGAGAAGAGGUGUGCAUGUGCAGACUGGUGGCAUGGCUCACUGGCUGCUUGAGGAGCAGCUGAAAAUAGCUGCUGACAGGGAGGCGCAGAGUCAGAGAGCUGCCUCGGAGCUGGAGCUUGAGAGGCGAAACAUCCUCAAUGCCAUGAGAUACAGAGAGCCAGAGAGAGUGAGCAGUGGUGGCUUUGAUGAAAAGAAGAGUCUGUCGCAGGCCGAGCUGGAGCGUCAGCAGAUCCUGAAUGAAAUGAAGAAGAAAACAUCGCUGCUCACAGACAACAGCUGGAUUCGCCAGUCCUCGUGCAGCACCACCUACAGCAAAGAGACCGACAUUCCACCCAUGCGCAGAGGUGAGUCUCUUGACAACUUGGACAGACACUCCUGGCGUUCGUCGUGGACACCAAGGAGCAACUCAUAUGCCCCCAGCUACAGCCGGCCCCACUCUGCCCUUUCUGGAAGCGCCUCCUUUUACAGUAGUACUGGUGGUGGACCAGGACUACAGGGGCCCAAAUCCUCCACCCUGCCCCCUUUUUAUUCCAUGGGCUUUCUCCAAGGUGGGGCAGGAACCCACUCCACACCCUGGUCCCAACAGAUGUCUCCUCCUUUGUCUCCAGAGCGUUUGUCUGAGUCAGGGCUUCAGCAGAGGAACAGGUCAGUGAGUGGAAAGAAAGUGUGUACAUUCUGUGACACUCCACUGGGAAAGGGAGCGGCCAUGAUCAUCGAGUCCCUGGGGCUCUGUUAUCAUUUGAGCUGUUUUAAGUGUAUUGACUGUAAAUCUGACCUCGGAGGAUCAGAAGCUGGAGCUGAAGUCAGGAUACGGAACAAACAGCUCUACUGUAACUCCUGCUACAUGCGAUUUAAAACUGGCCAGCCAACAGAGAUGUGAUGGACUACAGCAGAUCAAUGAAGAGACAACUUGUGACAACAACCCAUGAACAUUUGUCAAAUCCAUCAAAAACAGCUGGUUAACCUGGUUUGGACAUAAACGUCAGUUUGACUCUAAAAAAAAAGAAACUCUGUUUGACUCAUUGUCAGGAAUCAUGUUAAUGUUUUUACAGUGUGUGUGAUUGAGAGGAUGAACUCACCAAGACGUUAUCUGUUUGUUUAUAUCAUUAAGUAUUACAGCUGUAAAAAUUAAAAAACCAAUGUAAGGGAUCUGUUUGCACCAGAGUAUUGUUUAAAAAUAUUAUAGCCAUGAAAUUAGCCAAAUAACAAACUAACUCAUAUAAUAAUCAAAUAAUCCAUGCAGAGCUUUUUCUUCUCUUUGUCUUUAACUGAGAAAGAUUACUAUAUCUUAAACUUAAGCUAAGGAAGUGUGGGUCCCCAAAAUGAUCCACAGGUCGGCUGUCGAAUCACUGAAGGAAUGGGAGUUAACAGAAAACAGAAGCUUCUUGUCACCAAGCAAUCAUUAAGCAGUUUCCUGAAGAGGGUCCCACACUGUCAGUUUUGUAAAUUACAAUCCUAUUUAGAGUAAAAUGCAAGAUAAAGCAGAUGCCUGGCCAUGGCUCAGUCCCCACUGUGCCAAGUCCAAGUCCAUGUGAGUGUAAUGUAUUCGUUUUAGGUACAAUUCUGAUAAGAGUCGAGUCCUCACUGAUUGGGGGCUGGGGCUAAAACAAAAAAGGGGCAUUUCAAAAAUCACAUCAUAGAGCUAUGUCUAUACACUUUUAUGUUUGUGUCCAAGUCAUUUAGGUUGGUGUUUUAUUUAUUUACAAGCUAAGUUAUCUGGUUUGAUUCAAGGUUUGUGUCGCAGGAGUCCACUGUUAGUCACUAAAGAUUUUUAAAAGAGGUCUGAGUUGAGUCACAAAGGUUUUCAUCUGUGCAUAUGUACAGAGAAAACUCUGCCAGGAAGUAUACUUAUCCAAUUGUUCUAGUCCUUUACAAAUAAGCUUUUACUUCUUUUUCCUCUAAAUGGGAUUGAAAAAAAUGACAUUGUAGUUACUUUAAGAAAGCCUGAUUUGAAAAAAAAAACCUUCACAAUGAACUUCUGAUGAGAACAUGAGCAGCAUUUUAAACCAAAUCAGAUGAAUUUAUAUCUUCAUGUUAACUUUCAUGCCUACUUAUCGUAAUCUAUUCUUAGGGUUCUACUGGUCACUGUGUCCAUUCCCUAUAUAGAGUUUAAGAUUCUUACCUGUCUGUCAACUGUCAUGUGAAUGUGCCUUUGCAUUUUAUAGAGAAUUAAGGUAAAUAUAAUACAAUUCUUUCCUGACACUGUAUAUAUGGGUAUAAGGACCCAUGGGCUCAGAUAUCCCCUGCCUGCUGUUAUCAUGGACAGACAGGAGAGUAAAAAAAAACACAGAAGCAAGUUUCCUUUUGAAGAAUCUACUGUUAUCCUAUUCAAUGGCAUUGAAGCAAACGAUAAAUUUGUAAAUAAAAUAAAAUAAAAGGAAAAGAUAAAUCC